AUGGAAAUUAAAAUUUCGUCUAUAAUUUUAGCUAUAAUUACAUUUAAAAUUAUAGUGGCAACUCCAGUUAAUAAUAAAAAUAACAAUAAUAAUAUAAACAAUAAUGAAAAUUCUCAGACAAUUGUGAGUGAUGAAGUGACGGCUUAUCCAGAUAUGCAAAAACUCUAUGUUGAUCUUACUAAUGUAAGUCCAGAUGUGUCAAAUAUAUUACGAAGAAGCCAAUUAAACAUUGAUCAAAUUCGUGAACAGCAAGAACGAUUAAGACAUCGAAAUAAUAUCGAAAAUGACAAAAAUCGGUAUGAAGUCAUAUCAUCAUCCACAGCAACAGUACCAAUUUCACAAGACAAUGAAGAAAAUUACCGGCUGCUGAAAAUUCAAUCAGAAUUGGAAGCAACGUUACGUAAUUCGGAGCCUGAGCAACAAGUAUCAGCUAUGAAAUUUGAAAAACCACAAUUUGAAUACGCUUUUGCGGCUGCAUGUGAAAUACCACGACAUAUGAAUAUUACAAAAUGGUUUGAUACACCUACAUGGAACAUAAUGUUUAAGCCAAUUUACAGGCGUUAUAAUGUCCUUUCUUCAACGAUAAGACUUUACAAAAUCAAAAAAGAUGAAGACGUGUCGGUGUCAAAUGAAUGUGAUGUGAUGCAAAAUAAGAUGUACACCCUUAGUGUGUCUGUUUACAUUCGUAAACGAAAGGAAAUUACUAAAAAGAUUAUUUUCACAAGAGUGAUCCAAGCUUCAUUUGUUGGAUGGGUUGAGGUUGAUGCUUUAGGAACACUUUCAUUUUGGGAUCAGGCCAAAAACAAUCAUGGCAUUGCUGUAGAUAUUUUUGACGAAAACGAUCAGCCAUUAGAUGCACGAGAGCAUUUUAGGCUACAAAGUUGCGAUCAGGCAGAUACUCCCGUCCUCCCUUGGGGCGCCUUCAAAUUCCUCAUCAAGCACGAAACAGGAUCAGACUCCGAUACUGUUGUUAAAGGACUCCAACAAAUGUAUAAUAACCCGAGAUUAGAUAUCAUCUCGUCAACUCCACCAUCCUAUGACAAUAGCUAUUUAGGAUCAAAAAGUAACAAUAACCGUAACAGUAAUAAUGAUAUUCAACAAGAUCAACCUGCUCAAAAUAACCGACCGCAACGACACAUUCGACAUGAGAACCAUCAUAAGCAUCAUGUCCAAAAUGAAAAUAAAACAACGCUUUUGAAAAACAAAUUCCACAAAAGAAAAGAACACAUGCAUCGGGACGAGAAUAGUACGACUGGCGAGACAUAA